AUGGCUGGUAAUAUUUCCAAUCAAAGCAAACAAAACAAACAAGUCAAACAAAAGUCUCAAGAAUCCCCGGUUACUCCUCCUGCUUCUCUCGGCCCAUCAAAGCUCCAGGACAUUGCUGAUCUGGCCUUGUUGACCCGGCCUAGUAGUCACGCCAAACGUACCAGAGUCCGUCGACGAAAUCCUAAUCAUGUUCCUCGCCCUAUGAACUGUUUCUUGGUCUAUCGUUGUGAGAAACAAAAAGAAAUCUCAACUUAUUGUCCAGGCGCGAAUCAUCGAGAUAUAUCCAAAAUAAUAGCCAAGUGGUGGCAUGAAGCCCCUUCUUCCGAAAAAGAAUUCUAUCGCACCUUGGCCGAUCGAGGCAAACAGCAGCACUCUGAACAGUACCCACAGUAUAAAUACUCUCCUCGCUCAAGACGUCAAAAGCAAGCUGAUGGUACUGGUCUUGUAAAGGAAGAAGAGCAUUGCGGGCAUAUGUAUGACGAAUUCUCUUACAAUCUCACUGGUAUAAUACUCCAAGACUCCUCAUGUCCAGCAUGUCCCACCUACUGGCAGCCCGUUUCCGAAAAUACGGAUAUCACAGGUCACGAGAAAUCAAUGUUUCCUGGAUCAGUUGGCCUUAAUACCAGCACCCAAAUACUAUACUAUCCAGCCUUUCAGAUCUCUCAUCCCCUUUCGACAAUGUACUCUUUGGGCUAUGACUUAGGAUUAAGCGUCGAAGAUGUCCCUUAUACAACAACACUCGGGUUUUCUCCAUCAUCUUCUCCUGACUGGGAGUCCUUACAGAACGAAGCUGAUACUGGGAUAAAUAGAUCGUUGUAUAGCGGGACCUUACCAUUCUACGUGAAUGAGUCAAUUUCAUGUGAUAGCCCUAAAGAUACACAGUAUAUCUUAAAGCAGGAUAUUUCUGACAAGGAUUAUCUCUCUUGUUCCUUCUUAUCUAAUAUACCCAACUGUAUGUAUUCCCUUUAA